AGGGCGGGCCCGGGGCGUGCGGCUGCCGCGGCGGGACCAGGACGAGGGCUGGCCUCUGCGCGUGUCUGCCGAGCCCCCGGCUCCGGGCGUCCGAGCCGGGGCGGCCUCGGCAGGUGAACCCGGCCCCGGAGGGGGCGUGGCCUGGGAAGGGCCUAGCGGAGGCCGGGAGGGCGCGUCGACGCCGCUGGACUCCUGGGCCGCAGCCUGGGCCGGACUCCGGGGAAAACGGCUCCAGAAAAGAAACUGCAAAAUGCCGCCUCGGCUCGGGGUCCGGAGCCCUCCGGGCGGUUUUCCGCUCUUAGCGUUUGUGGGUUUAAGCCUCCCCCUACUCCGUUUCCCGGAGUUUAAACUUCAGAUUUACUCGUUUUUGGCAGUCUUGCUCGUUUGGCAGUGUUUUCCUACAGCCAGUCCUAGAGUGAUUUAACUAUUUCCUUUUUUAUUUACCGUAACCACGUCCACUUGCUAAGUUUCUUCCCAUUUCUCUAAAUUUUAAAUCAAUUUCUAGCCAGUGAUGCUAUUUUCUUGAGCCCUUGUUUUUUGGGGGCCAGGGAGAAUGGGUAACGCUAUCUUUAAGCAGCUUUGAUAACUGUUUUUGAUAAAGGAAGUAAAUCUUACAAGAGGAAGAAAAGAGGACUAAUUUUUGGUUGGCUGUUCCUAAAAAAGAGCAUCAGUUCUUCAACUGCUGUUUUUCGUAUUGAACAACAUCCAAGUGCAGAUGUGUGGAAUAUUGUGUCAUUUCCUAUUACUUUAUCUGGAUGAGCCUUGCCUGAUUCUGCCCUUGACCCUGUUAAGGCACGGCAGAUGGUCUUCUUCCCUUCGCUCCAUUCGUCUUUGUCGUAAAGCACUGGCAGAAAGGUAGCAGGCCCGGUGACUCUGUACCUGCUUCCCACACUGGUUUAAGUGGCCGGACUCAGGGCCCCUCUGGCCUGGGCAGUUCCAGGCUCCUUCUCUGCAGGUGCCUUCCCCAAGAGAGGCAGCAGGGAGGGAGAAAUGGCAAGGAGGUUGCUGCCAGCCCAUGUACAGGAGUCCGUGACGUUCAGGGAUGUGGCCGUGUUCUUCAGCCAGGACGAGUGGUUGCACCUGGACUCUGCCCAGAGAGCCUUGUACCGGGAGGUGAUGCUGGAGAACUACAGCAUCCUGGUCUCACUGGGGAUUCUCUUUUCCAAGCCAAAGGUCAUCUCCCAGUUAGAGCAAGGAGAAGACCCCUGGAUGGUGGAGAGUGGAGUUCCCCAAGGCGCACAUCUUGAUGCAAGUCUCCUCUACAAAAGACAGCUUUUCAGGACUACUCCUGUCUGCAGGCUCUCUGAAUAGCCAUCUCAAGAUAUGUCAGGGAAGUAUGUUUUGGAGUGAAUUAUUUUGGUUGCCUUCACACUCAUCUCUAUCUCAAAAUGUAUUUAUUCCUCUUAUUAUCUUUCCUCUCUCUCUUCCAGUAAAAUUCAAGCUGCAUUUGUGCACAGGUUUUGCCAGUUUUGCCCACUGGUGUAUUUCCAGAAUCUGGCACAAUGCUAGGCACAGGAUAAGUGUUCAAUAUAAUUUUUGUUGUUGCUGAAUGAAUCAAUAAUGAAAUCCUAUACAGUAAUGAAAAUGAAUGAACUUUGCAUGUAUCAAGGUAGACUAAUCUAAAAGUGUUUGUGUUGAACACAUAUAUACACAUGAUACAUAUAUGCAUGUAUAUACACAUGAUAAAUAUAUAUACAUAUAGGCGUAUACACAUAUAUAUGCAGAAAUCUUUAUAUAAAGGGUAUCUGCUAUAUACAUACAUUGUAUAUUGUAUAAAAGUUGAAUACAAUAUACAAUUGAAACUAUACAGUUGUAUAUUGUAUGUAUAUAGCAGGUUGUCUUUUUAUAAAGAUUUAAAAUGUUGCAAAAGUAAACAAUGUUGAGGGACACAUGCAUGUGGAGUAAUUAUCAAACAAAACAAAGGAAUGCUGAAAGCAACUCAGGAAAAUGACUUGGGAGCACUGUGAACAAGGCUUCCAAAUUUUGGGUAAAUUUCUCUUUGGUAACCCAAGUGUUGAGUAUGUGGGUAUUUGUUUUAUUAUUAUUAAACCGUGGGCCUCGCACAGUGGCUCAUGCCUCUAAUCCCAGCACUUUGGGAGGCUGAGGUGGGCAGAUCACGAGGUCAAGAGAUCAGGACCAUCCUGAUCAACAUGGUGAAACCCCAUCUCUACUAAAAAUACAAAAAUUAGCUGGGCAUGGUGGUACGUGCCUGUAGUCCCAGCUACUCAGGAGGCUGAGGCAGGAGACUGCUUGAACCUAGGAGGUAGAGGUCGCAGUGAGCCAAGGUCGCGCCACUGCACUCCAGCCUGCUGACAGAGUGAGACUCCAUCUCAAAAAAAAUAAAUAAAUAAAAACAAACAAAAAAACUGUGCCUAUGAAUACAUUAUCUCCUGUGUAUGGUACACAUUAAAAUAACAUAACUAUCUGUGGUUUUGAUUUGCAUUUCUCUGAUGAUUAGUAAUGUUGAACAUUUUUCAUAUACCUGUUGGCCAUUUGAAUGUCUUUUUGAGAAAUGUCUAUUCAGGUCCUUUGCCUAUUUUUUUUUUUUUUUUUUUUGAGGCAGGGUCUCACUCUGUCACCCUGGCUGGAGUGCAGUGGUGCUAUUUUUGCUCACUGCAGCCUCAACCUCUGGGUUCAAGCAAUCCUCUGCACUCAGCCUCCUGAGUAGCUGGGACUACAGGCCUGCACUGGCACGCCUGGCUAAUUUCGUUUAUUUUUUGUAAAGACAAGGUCUCACUAUGUUGCUGAGGCUGCUCUGGAACCCCUGGGCACGAGUGAUCCAUCCACUUCCACCUCCCAAAGUGCCGCGAUUACAGGCAUGAGUCAUUGUGCCCAGCCCUUUGCCCAUUUUUAAUGGGACUCUUUGUAUACUGUUGUGGUUUUUUUUGUUUUGUUUUUUCUUUGAGAUGACAUCUCACUCUGUCACCCAGGCUGGAGUGCAGUGGCAUGAUCUGGGCUCACUGCAGCCUCCACCUCCCAGGUUCAAGGAAUUCUCCUGCUUCAGCCUCCCAAGUAGCUGGGGUUUCAGGCAUGCACCACCACGCCUGGCUAAUUUUUGCAUUUUUAGUAGAGACGGGGUUUCGCCACAUUGGCCUGGCUGGUCACAAACCUGUUAUUUGAAUUCUUUGUAUAUACUGGGUAUUAGUCCUUUGUUGGAUGAGUAAUUUAUAAAUAUUUUCUCUCAAGUUGUUGCUUCACUCUGUUGUUUCUUUUGCUGUGCAGACACUUUUUAGAUUAAUAUAGUUGUUUAUUUUUCUUUUUGUUGCCUGUGCUUUUGAGGUCUUAGCCACAGACCUCAAAAGCACAGGCAACAAAAAGAAAAAUCUUUGCCUAGAUCAAUGUCCUGAAGAGUUGUCCCGAUGUUUCCUUCUAUCAGUUUUAUAGUUUGGAGUCUUUAAAUCUUUAAUCUAUCUGGAGUUGACUUUUAUAUAUGUUGAGAGAGAAGGGGUCCAAGUUCAUUCUUCUGCAUAUUAUUAUCCAGUUUUCCCCAGAACCAUUUAUUAAAGACGUAGUCCUUUCCUCAUUGUGUGUUCUUGGCACCUUUGUUGAAAAUCAGUUGGCUGUAAAUGGGUGCACUGAUUUCUGGGUUCUCUUAUUCUGUUCCAUGGGGGUAUGUGUGUGUCUAUUUUUAUACAAAUAUCAUGCUCUUUUGAUUACUAACACCUUCUAAUUAGAUAUAAGCUCACUCCAGUUAGAAUGAUUAUUAUUAAAAAGACAAAAAAAUGACAGAUGCCAGUGAGGAUUUGGGGAAAAGGGAACUCUUAUACACUAUUGGUGGGAAUGUAAAUUAGUACAGCCACUAUGGAAAACAGUGUGGAGGUUUCUCAAAAAACUAAAAAUGGAACUACCAUACAAUCCAGCAACCCUACUACUGGUAAAGGGAGAGAAAUCAGUAUAUGAAAAGGAUACUUGCACUCACGUUUGUCACUGCACUAUUCGCAGUAGCCAAGAUAUAGACUCAACCUACCAGCAAUAGAUGAAUGGGUAAAGAAAAUGUCAUACAUAGACACAAUGGAAUACUAUUCUGCCAUAAAAAUGAAUGAAAUAAUGUAUUCACAGCAACAUGGAUGGAGCCGAAGGUCAUUAUGUUAAGUGAAAUAAGCCAGGCACAGAAAGACAAGUACUGCAUGUUCUCACUUAUAUUCGGGAGUUAAAACACUUGAUCUCAUGGACAUAGACAACAGGAGGAUAGAUACCAAAGGCCAGGAAGGCCAGAAAGGAAGGGGAAUGAAGAGAGGUUGGUUAUGGGUACAAACAUACAGUUAGAUGGAAGAAAUAAUUUCUAAUAUUUAAUAGCGGACUAGGGUGACUAUACUUGGCAAUAAUAUUGUGUAUAUUUCAAAGUAAAUCGAAGAGAGGGCUUGAAGUGAUACCAACGCAUAAAAAUGAUAAAUGCUUAAGGUGAUGGAUACCCCAAAUACUGUGACUUGAUGAUUACACAGUCUAUGCGCGUAACAAACACUCACAUGGACCCUAUACAUUAUGUAAAUUAUUUUGUAUCAACAGAAAAGUAAUCACAACCAGCGGUGGGAGCUACAGCACACUGAUCCUCCUAAAUGAAUCUAAUUUCCGGUUUUGUUUUUUCAAACUACUCCGCUUGCUUAACAAGUGCGCGGGCUGUAGGCAGCACGGCCAGCAGCCGGAGACCUCCUGCCUCGUGUGCGGCGUGCGUACCCUCUCGCAC